UUUUCUUGUCAGGUUAUAGUAGUUACACUAAGCAACAAGUUUAUUGCUAAUAGCAACGAGCCAAAUAACAUGUGGCCCGAAGACGAGCUUCUGUUUCGAAAUUUCCAGCAUCUAAAAGGCUGCAAGUUUGACGAUGAAAAGGUGGCCACAAUUACGUCCAGAGAACAGCAAAAAACGGAAAGUUCCGUGGAGAAAUGCUUCGACCGAUUCGAGCAGAUGCAAUUCCUUAACCCUCGCCUCACUCAGCUAAACCGCAUUGAACACCAGCACUAUCUGGAUGUAAUGCUACGCAGUCUUCCCUCGAAUUAUGAGUGCUUGGACAGUAGCCGUGCAUGGUGUAUCUAUUGGAUUUUACAAGCGGCGCAGCUGCUGAGUUUCACAUUUGAUGAGGAGACGCUCGACCAUGUCAUACAGUUCCUUAUUAAAUGCCGAGCACCCACAGGCGGGUUCGGUGGCGGGCCGGGCCAAUACGCCCACUUGGCACCUACAUACGCUGCCGUCAACAGUCUGUGUAUCAUUGGCAGCCAAAGUGCCUAUCGUGCCAUCGACAGGGAAUCGCUGACACAGUUUCUGUUCAGUGUACGCGAAGCGGAUGGCUCUUUUCGUCUGCACGUGGAUGGAGAAACGGAUGUGCGAGGUGCCUACUGUGCCAUUUCCUGCGCCAAGUUGUUAAAUCUGCCCCAGCUUGUUUUGAAGGAAUUAUUUGCUGGCACUGGUGAUUGGAUAGCAAGUUGCCAGACAUAUGAAGGCGGAUUUGGUGGUGCUCCCGAUCUUGAGGCGCAUGGCGGCUACACUUUUUGCGGCAUUGCUGGCCUUGCUCUGCUCAACGAGGCACACAAAUGUAACAAAAAUGCACUGCUCCGAUGGACAUUGCGGCGCCAGAUGAGCUAUGAGGGCGGCUUUCAGGGACGCACCAAUAAAUUGGUCGACGGCUGCUAUUCUUUCUGGGUGGGUGCCACUAUUCCCAUUACACAAGCGACAAUGCCUGGCAUGGAGCACACCCUAUUCGAUGUGGAGGCCCUGCAAGAAUAUAUUUUACUUUGUUGCCAAAAGCAAAACGGUGGCCUUAUUGAUAAGCCUGGAAAACCCCAAGAUCUCUACCACACUUGCUACACUCUUAGCGGUGUAUCCAUAGCACAGCACUCUGAAUCCGCAAUGAGUCCGCAAGUUCUGGGAGACUUGAUCAACGAACUUCUGCCCACCCAUCCAUUGUUUAACAUACCACCGAAGUCGGUGGCAGCUGCUCUCAGUCACUUUUCGAACACAACUGAACCGGAUUCUGAUGGGAACGAUAGUACCUGGAAAAUGGAUGAUGAGGAGGACAGAUAAACAAAGCAACACCGAAAAAGAAUUGAUUAGCAAUUUAACACCCAAAAUGAAAUUCUGUAAACUAAAUUUUUAUUAAUAAAUGACUUUUCCAAAUUUA